GGUUUUAACAGGCAUGAGUUCAGAAAAAGGUGAAAAUGUAGUUGGAAGUAAAUUCAAGAUCAAUACUGUGCUUCUUCCAAUCAAGAUACACUACUUUAUAUUCUUUGCAGCUUUAGCAGGGUUGAUUCCAUUCCUACCAGUAUUUGCCAAGCAAUUAGGAAUCUCAUCUACUGCACUGGGACUCAUUUACACUAUCCUUCCUAUACUAGUAAUGAUAUUUAGACCAUUGGUUGGGAGUUUAGUUGACCACUUCCAGAACCUUAGGUUAAUUUUGAUAGUAAUGUUAGUUUUGACAAUUGUCUUUUAUCUUGCAAUAUAUUUCACUCCUCAUCCAGCAAAUCCACUUGGUAGUAAGAUACCAAUGUUGGCAGAGUUUGAAUGCUUCACUAAUGAUAGUGGAUUGUUCUUGAAUUUCAAAAACAUGUCUUGUAUAUCAAUACAUUUAUAUGAUGAAACUAAUGAUUCAUUUUGUGGGGGUUUAUGCAAUAAAUGUUUUCCUUCUAUGCAUCUGGAUAUUCAAGGUAUAGAAGAAAAUAUAGAAAGAUUUAAUAAUUUUACUACUGGUCUUUGUAAUGAAAAAUCUCAGGGAACUUUUGAGAUAAAUUCUUUAAUUAGAAAAAGUGACAUUUUUCAAAAUGCAACUGAUUUUCUUUUUGAAUCACAUUUUACAUGUUCUAAUCUCCAAAAUAUGAGUUGUUUUGUGGAUUGCAAUUUUCAUACUGAUAAGUGUUUUAUAUCAAGGAAUGUUUAUAAAACUUUACAAUUUUGGUUAUUUUUCAUUUUUAGUAUAAUUGGUUGGGUGGCUUCAGGAGUAACUGUAUCACUAUCAGACACUGCAUGCCAUGAAAUGUUAGUUGGAACUGAGUAUGAAUAUGGCAAACAAAGGUUGUGGGGAACUUUAGGUUGGGGUGUAGCUGCUGUUCUCUCAGGAUAUCUGAUUAGAAUAUCUAGUAAAGAAUCCACUUUUGUAGAUUAUUCUCCAGGAUUUUUUGUCUUGGCAGUUCUGCUCUUUUGUGACAUAUUUGUUAUUCUCUUUGCAAAAGUCAGUAAGCCCAAACCAUCUAAGCACAUGAAGAGGGAUCUUGGAAAUGUUUUGAAACAGGGUCGUACAAUUGGAGUUAUUAUAGUGAUCUUUAUUAUUGGUUGUUUAAUGGGUUUGCUGUGGUCCUAUUUAUUUUGGUAUCUAGAAAACUUAGGUGCUGACCAGCUUCUUAUGGGAAUUGUUUUAGCCAUUCAAUGUUUCAUAGGAGAACUUCCAUUCUUCUUUUUUUCAGAGUGGAUUAUUAAUAAGAUAAGCUGUAUUCAUGUUUUUACUCUUUCUUUGGCUUCAUUUGGCAUUCGUUUUAUAUUAUAUUCCUUAAUAAAAAAUCCUUGGCAUGUACUUCCACUUGAGCUCCUUCAAGGACCAGGAUUUGGAAGUUUUUAUACUGCUAUGACUUUGUAUGCUAAAACUUCAGCUCCACCUGGUACAGAGGCUACAAUGCAAGGAAUACUUGGAGGAUGUUUUGAAGGCCUAGGUGUUGCUGUUGGUAGCUUACUAGGAGGAGUUGGCUUUGAUCAUCUAGGAGGUGGUUUAACGUUUCAAGUAGCCGGACUAAUAGCUUUAGUGGCCUGUGGGCUUCACUGUAUCUUCCACUUUAUAUUAAAUAGAAUAGAAGCCAAAAAAGCUUUACAGAAGUCUGUAUCACGACAAUUAAAUGAAACCACAUUAUUUUUGAAACCCAGCACUUCCCAGUCAGGAUCAUCAUCUUCUCCUCUGGAAGAACUUUCAUCAUUUUAGUUUGUUCAUGUAGCUAGUGACAGUGAGUGUGUGCAACAAGAUUCAGAUUAAGUGUGAAUCUAUUAUUUCAUACAAGAUUUCAAUUCUAAAGUGAAAUGUUUAGCAGUAGUGUUUACAUAUCACUAAACCCCAGGGAUUGUUCUUUCAUUGUGAAACCACUCCAUAUGUUAUUUUGUUUUUUAAUAUAAUAUUGUGUUUGCUAUAAAACUUGUCUGUGUUUGAAUACUAGGUAAUAAAUUGCUCUGGAUUAACCCUACUUACAUGGGCUCAGUCCAUUGGACCUAGUCUUUAUUGAAGAAUUAACAAUUACUAUAAUUCCAAAUUUAUUCAGUAUAUCUUCAUAAAAUUUGGCAGUUUUUUAGUAAACAUGAAAAGUGUGUUACAUGCAAAAAGUCAGAUUUUAAAAUAAAGUAUUUCUAAUAAAGAUUCAUAUGAGAAUUUACUGAGUCAGUCUUUAUAAAAGGUGGAUUUCAUGAUAGGAAUAAAACUACUUAUUUUCAUUUUAAAGUUUUCGUAUUUCAUUUGCAUAACCUUUGGAACUUCCUAAAUGAAUUUGAAAAAUAUUUUAUUUGUAGAUUUCUCUACACAGACAGUAUAUUUGAUUCCACAGUUGUUAGAGACAUCAAAGUAUAAUGAAAAGAAUGGUUGAAAAACAUGAAAUAAGUUGAGUAACUCAGUUCUUUCCUUUUCAGUAUUGACUGUGAAAUUACAAUAUAUUGUUAUUCACAGUUUUUAUUAGACAUGUCUUAUGUUUUGUUUGUAUUUGGCCAUAUGUGUCAAUAACCUUCCCUGGAUAAUAAAUCCAAUUAAGGUAGAGGCAAUAGAUAGAGAGAAGUGUAGACUGUUGGAAAUGGCAGCAGAAUUUCAAGAGGAGCUUAAGUUUUUACACACAAGGAAUACAUCAGCUAACAACGAAUUUCAGUAAGUUACAAAGAGUACUAUUAGGGUUAAAAGUUGUGGAUUUAAUUGUAAUGAACCUGUUCUGUUGAGCAACAGAUUUCAGCUCUUGGCUUGUGCAGAUGAGAAACUAUUGGAGGGCAGAGAAGGAUAUGGAUGAUAAACUUAAGAGGGUUAUAGUUAUAGGUUAUUCCUUGAUAAGGCAUGUGGAUAGGAUAGUCUGUGGGGUAAAUAGGAAGAAAAGAAUCAGAUUAUGCUACCCAGGGGCACAGAUGGAGGAUAUAACUGACAGAGCAGGAGAUAUAGUAAAGGGGCUAGCAGAGAUACAGUUUUUGUUGUGCAUGUAAUGGAAUGAUAUCGGGAAAGGUAGGUCAGAGGAGCUAAUUAAUAAGUACGAGGGGUUGAUAAAGGCAUUUAAGGAAAAGGCCAUGACUAAAUUUUGUCUGUGAUAUUGCCGAGAAUUAACUGUGAAGUUAAGUAGUUCACUAGGGCUAAAUGCUAAAGUAUAGUAUGUAAGGAUGAGCAGAUUGACUGUUUGGACUUGUGGGAUCAGUUCAAUGAAAGAAGUAAGCUUUUUGGAAUGGAUGGUUUACAUUUAAAUAAGAUAGGGUUUGGCUUGUUUGCAAGGGC